ACAGGUUCGCUCCAGAAACUCAAUGGGACGUUGAUUGAGUCUACUCCAAACAUGGCCAACAUUCGCUCUUUCUGGCAAUCAUCUUGACUGUUCACGGAUGUGCCUCCAAGUUAGGGUAUGUAAUAACAGCUUACUUAAAGCUCUAUCAGGUCACAGGCUACUAUUAGCCUGAGCGCUUUUUUUUUCCCUUUUAACCCGUCUUGCUCCGAGUCCUUCGAACUUGUACAUAUAGAAAUGGGCAGUUACCUUCGGUUGUUUUUAGUAAUUGUCUCUAUAUAAAACCGAAUUUUCAGAAUUUCAACACCAUGGCAUACAACCGAGAGGUCGAGGCCUUCAGAGAAGAAGAAUAUCCUAUGAUGAGAGGUAAGUUCACACAACGGUUCCGAGCUGAUAAAACUUCCAAUCGCUAAAUCUGGCCAGGGAAAACAUAUCUUGACCAUGCGGGCACAAGUAAGACGUUACCACAUCACUCCUGUUAUCCCAUUGAUCCUAAGCCAUGAUUUUCAAUACUUGGCCUUUCUGCUCGUCGGAUUGCCAGAUUAAUUCUCUUGGUCUUCGAAAACUAUCUACAUUACGCAAUGCUAAUCAUGAUGGGUGUAGCUAUCUACGCGAAGUCUCUGAUAGAAAAGUUUUCCAAAGAGAUGGUGGGCAAUCUCUUUGGCAACCCACACUCUGCCUCAGCUCCAGCACAGCUUUCUGGGUUUGUCGUCGACUCCGUGCGUGAAAAUGCAUUAAACUUCCUUGGGGCUGAUCCCGCGCAUUUUGAUCUCGUCUUCACCGCGAAUGCUACCGCAGCGAUCAAAUUGGUUGCAGAAAGUUUUAGAGACUUAGCGCUAGAAAGUUCGACGUCUGGAUCAUUCUGGUACGGCUAUCAUAAAGAUUCCCAUACGAGUCUCGUUGGUCCGCGGGAACAUACCAAUGGACAGCAUCACUGCUUCACUACCGACCAAGAAGUGGAAGACUGGUUACUCGGUUAUAGAUCUUUACCCGGGAGAAGGGAAGAUGAUGAAACUCCAGGAAUAUUUGCAUUUCCCGGGCAAUCAAAUAUGACUGGUCGUCGAUUACCACUCUCGUGGAGCAAAAAAUUGCGGGCAUCUACUCGUAUUUCACACCAAAAUACCUAUUCCCUCUUGGAUGCUGCAGGCCUCGCGACAACCGCUCAACUUGACUUUAGCGAUCCAGAUGCAGCUCCUGACUUUACUGUCCUUUCAUUUUACAAAAUAUUUGGUUUUCCCGAUCUGGGAGCCCUGAUUGUUCGCAGAAAAUCUGCGCACAUCUUGACUUGGCGCAAAUACUUUGGCGGCGGCACAGUGUCAUCUCUGACAGUACUUCAUGAAGCAUCUUACCACAGAAAAGAUGCCACGAUUCAUGAUGGCUUAGAAGAUGGUACAUUACCGUUUCACUCAAUCAUUGCACUUGGGUGUGCCAUUGAUGUGCACCAUGAUCUAUAUGGGUCGAUGGCGAACAUAUCCAAGCACACCAUGUUCCUCACUCGACGCCUAUAUGAGGGUCUAUCCAACAUUCAUCAUUCUAAUGGCCGACCUGUUUGCGAAAUUUACCAUGACGCAACUAAUACCCCUCCUUACACAGACGCCACUACCCAGGGUGCUACAGUAGCAUUCAAUAUUCUACGCCCGGACGGUAGUUACGUGUCUUAUUCGACAGUAGAACAAUUGGCCAACCGGAAAGACAUAUACGUAAGAGCUGGAGGGCUUUGCAAUCCUGGUGGCAUUGCAAGUUACCUCAAGGUAGCACCGUGGCAUUUCAAGCGAGCUUGGUCAGCUGGCCACCGAUGCAGCGAAUCUGACAACACUGAGAUAAUCAAUGGUAAGCCUACGGGUGUGGUGCGAGCCAGUUUAGGUGCUAUGUCGAUCCUUGCCGAUGUCGACAAUUUCCUCGCCUUCAUGUUGGAAACCUUUGUUGAAGACUCAGAGCAAUCACUUAUCAUUACAGCGCACCCGCAAAAUAAAUCACCAAUGGUCAGAACUCAAGGAGCCGCUGGCCCAGUUGUCGUAAAAGUACCUGGAAAUUGGCCUAUCAGAGAACUUUUCCCCAUCAGCACGGAGCUGAGGCAGAGCCUGAGGGACCGGCCUUUGCGAAGAUAUGAAUUGUACGAUUAUGAGAUUAAUCGGGAGCGACCACGGACAAGUCAUUCAACAACUUACCAUUCGCCAGUGCAUCAUCUUUCAACCGGGUCAAAUGAUAGCGCGAUAGUGAUGUCGGCAACGGAAGUGAAAUAUUUGGACGAGGUAAAUAAAAGAGUGGGCCACGAAACUUGGCCCAAGAAACGGGAAAGAAGGCACUCGAAUGAAAAUGAAAAGGGAAAAUCAAAAGAGUCACGGCCGACGGAAGAAAAGGGAAAGAGACCGGAAAAGACGUUAUCGAAAGCCAAAAGUUUUUGGGGCUUGAAUAAGGUCGUCAAGGGCAGGAGCAAGGGGUGAUCACCGUGCUUGGUUGCAUUGCAUGCCGGGGGUCGGUUCCAAAUGCUUGGAACGAUCAAUUGAAUAUUUUGGUGGGGUCAGGGGUGUGCUGAUGGAGCAGGCGCUUAAGAAUGGUUCUGGGUGAGAUGAUACGUUGAUACUUUCAUCACGUAUGUACAUGUUUGUGUCAUGCUAAGUUGUUAUACGUAGGGUUGCUGUCGUGUGUUGUGUGCUGCGUAGCCGAAGACUGCAUAUGCAGGAUCCUGCUGGCUUGACUUUAGCAUAUAUACUCCGUACACUCAAUAUGUAGUUUUUUACAAGUAAGCGAUUGAUUCCAAGGU